CGCGUGUGUUGUACGACUUUGGAGAUUAAGGGAAUCAGCAGCCGAGGAUCCCAGGAUAGUAUAUUCGCCACAUCGGCGAUCGUUAGCGAACGAACGCGGGGCUUAACCACCAGAGUCGUGGCUGACGAUCUACCAAACAUGUUACGCCUCGUAGUUCCGCUUCUGUGUAUCGCUGCUACUUACACGCCUGGACGCUGCGAGACAGGGGCAUCGCGAGAUGUCGAGCAUGCGAGACUGCCAGAGUUCCUCACGGAAUUGGACCUGUCGAGUCUCGAGGCAUCCGAGGAAGACGUCGAAGCGCUGAAGAAAAUCGUGAAAAGGCUGGCGCCCGAAAAGAACGUCUUCUUCGGUAACGAGGACCUCCUCAAGGAGUGGCUCAAAGGAGCGGGCGUGACGGGACAGCCCGGGUUGGAUUAUCCAGCUCUCACGUCGAUUCCAGCCACUUCAUUCAGCUGUCGCGGUCUGAGAGGGGGAUAUUACGCAGACUUAGAGACAAAUUGCCAAGUAUUCCACAUCUGCGACAAUGGACGUAAGAUCUCGUUCCUGUGUCCCAACGGCACUAUUUUCCAACAGUCGCAACUUAUAUGCGACUGGUGGUUUAAAGUGGACUGCAGCAAGUCCACGGAGUUGUACGAGCAGAGUGCCGAGCAAUUGGCGGAGGAAGAGAAGAGACGUGCGGAGACGAGGAAGAUGAAGUCCGAGUAUCAUCGCGCGGAGCAACAAGGUAACACGGAUUACUAUGAGAACGUUGACUAUGAUGGCAGACAAAAUGGCAGAACAAAUCCGUAUGGCCAGUCUGCCGUCAAGCAGAAUCAGAUUCCGGAAAGACAGAACGAGCCAAAGUCCAAUCAACACUUUGGACCGAACAACGUUUUCGAGAACGGUCGUGGUUCCGGUCGUUAUUUCCAGGAUAACAACGCGAACGCGUUACGAACUAACGAGAAAACUAGCCAAACGCCCGAGAACUACGAGCAACCGUCGAAACAGCGACAAUAUCAUGAUGGCGGAUCGAAUUAUCAGACGGCCAGCAGACAGAGAAAUCAGUUAGACACGCAGAGCGGCAAGUACAAUUACGAGCACAGCAAAAAGUUCCAAGACAGCCGGCAAAAUUAUCAAAACAACGCGCAGGAUCAUUAUCAGUCUAAUCAGAAUACGCCGCCACGCAACAACGAGAAGUCGGCAUUUAAUAAUCCGAAAUUGCGAACCUCGACGCGAAACAAUUUGUUUGGUUCUAACCAGUCACAAAAAGCUACGCCAACGUACAUGGAGACAACGACCUUCAGAACUACAACCGCUGCGCCUCCGAGGGAAUAUCAGCAAGCGGCGGAAAGCGCCGCGUUCGUGUCCAACCGGGGAAAUCGCUUCAACUCGGGAAAAUCUGAUAACGGUCGACAGUAUUAUUAUCACUCGUACGAUUAUCGAGAUCAUACCACGGCUGACUACCGCGGUCGUGAGACGACCACCUCGACGCCGCGGAAGAACGAGGAGAGCGAGACGGUGUCCUUCACGCCGAAGACGGGCGCCCCGCCGUAUCCCGGACCCACGUACGCCCCUAUCUAUAAGCCUAGAACAACAACAUUGCCACCUUAUGAGACAACGUUGCAGUACACGCCGACCACCGAGACAUCUUACUACAGCACUACCCAAUACAAGCAAGGCGAGAUUCCAGAAACCACUUACUUUAAUGCUGAAACUGCGACCGUGACAUUGGCUUCUUCCGACGAGUACUCUACUACGUAUAACGAUCUACGAACUCCUCCGGCGAUAGGGAGAGUGCCCCCGGCCCCCGCGAAUUAUCAAAAUCAGCAGUACGUCGAUAACAGGGUGACCGAACAGAGAGACAUCGGUACCUCUUUCGCGACCACGCGUCCGUACGUGAAUACAGAGAGUUAUCGGCACAACGUUGUUAACGUCACUUCAACUGCCAGUCAGGACGCGUUUUCUUCGUCGACGCCACUUUACGAAGAUCCUCGUGGACAGAGCCAUGCCAAUUAUCAAAACGAAAACAGUAUCGCGAGUAAUAUCGAGAGCAAGGACACAACAGUGGAUCCCUGGCGUGCGACCUUGCAAAGCUUCCAGCAGAAUUCGAUCAGCUCGACCGAGAAGCCAUGGAUAAGCACCAACGCUUAUCAGCAGCAAAGUAGUACUAGCAAGACCUUGAGCCCUUACGACACAAGCUUUACCUACAAACAGGGGAAAGUGCUGUCCACUUUGGGCCCAUAUAUUCCUUUCACUAAAAACUACGUUUACUCCACGAUGACCACUACUCCGACACCGAAACCGUUGACUACCGUGCCGACUUAUAGUACUUCAAAUUAUCGCGUAGCGGCGAACAAUCUGAUACCUAAGGUGAAAUCGCCUUCGGUAACGAGCAAGCCUAAGGGCAGAGCGACCUAUUUACCCGAACCUAGCAGUAAACCAUCAACGACUUUCGAGGACAGACCGUACGCCGAACGAGAACAUGCUCUCAGCAUGUUACAUUCUCUUCAAGGUUUAGAAAAUAACGUGGAAAGUCUAAGCGAGAUCGGUGCAAAGGACGGAAAUAAUCGUAACGGACCUUCCGCGCCUGGUCCGUCCACUUUGCACUCAUUAGCUCUGUACUUUGCCACAGCCGGCGACAAUCUCAAUUUUAACGAGACCGUCGAAUCUAUUGCAAGUGUCGAGGAAGCCGAGGGUAGUGAAGGGAGUCAUUUACAUAAUGUGUCCGUUGAUUUACCGACUAGCAUUCUCACCCAGCACACCAUCUCCUCGUACAUCGAGUUGUUCAAUUUAAACAACGCACUCGAGGGAAAUACCACGAUGACCGAAUUCACGUCGGAGGCCGAUAACGUUGGCGGCGAGGUAGACGAUGAUCUAGAGAUCGAACAGAGCGAGGGUCCUGUCAACGGCGCGAAAAGAUCGAAUAAUACUAAGCUGCGCGAACUUGCCCAGGUCUUCACUCAUGCUCUAUCGGCGUACCUGCAAGAUCCGGACACUUUCAAGAAGGUACUUACGGAAAUCAGGCCCACGCAACCACCGGCAACAACCACCGAUAACGGUCAGUUCGAAAUUACGACGCUGUAUCCGACCACCGCGGAAGAGUACGCAUCCGUGACCAAGGAGAAGGAUGAGGUUCUGGAUUUUUCGGACGAUACUGACGUUACCAGAAAGCGCAAACCAUCCACUACAUUCCCCACUACCUUACAACCUCCUGCCACCACCGAUAGAUCGUAUUCGACUUACUAUACGACGCCAUAUGAUGAAUAUUACACGACCUUAGAGAGCCAGACGCGCAGGCCAAUUUACUAUCCGAGCACGACGCUGUUACCGCCCAGUGGUUCGUCAUAUGAUCCAGGAGAUUACGUCGAAUCGUCAACGCAGGGUGGUAAUACAUUCGCCUUUGAAGUGAAUCGCGCUUUCACUACUACUACGAACGAUAUUCAAAAUUACGAUGGCGAUACGAGAGAUUCGACCGAUCUCUCACCGGUCUAUGAUAAUUAUUUUCCAUUGGACGAGGACGCAAAUCGAAAUAAGAUUGGUGGCUUUCAUAAUAACACGGCGGGGACCUUCCAGCCUUAUGGUAAAAAUGUCAAACCGACCGGCGCUACGCCUAUAAGCAAUUACGUGGCGUCGUCGACGGUCGCGUCGUUCCAGAAUUCUGGAGUAGGAACGACCUUACCCAGCUGGGGUAGAGGCUCAGCUGCCGAUACACCCGUUCAAGAUCUGACACCGCCUCAUUAUCAUCAACACUACGGUAAUGUCAAGAGUUUCGAGGUGUCGAACAGCAUCCUGCCGAAUCAAGUGCGCUCAACGACUCCUUUGCCGAGAAGCAAAUCCUCCUACAAGACCGCCAGCAGCACCGUUCAGCCCUUCAGGAUACGUUAUUACGAUGAGACAACGACCGCACCGUCAGAAUCUCUCGCCACAGCUCGCAGUUCGUACGCGAAGUACAGAAACAGUUACAAGUUGGAAAGCAAUCGUGUAGAAGGCACACGCAAGCCCGUGACAACAACGGCGGCAACGACAAUUCGGGAUGACGUCGAAACACUAAAUCCUGUCACUGCAACCGUCAGCGACGUCACUCCAUAUACCGCUACUGUUGUUCGCGCAACUCCUAACGGACCGGUUGACGCGCCGACCACGAGAUACUCGAACCUGUUGAACAACGAUCACUGGACUUCCUCGCCCAUGGUCACUCAGCUCUGGGAGACAACGGUGUUUGUAGACCCUCGACACAUUAAUCACGGUCUAGAGUCAAACGUCGGUGUCACUCAAUUGCCCGACACGAUCGGUAACACUAUUAACGAAAAAUCCGAAUCCACAGCGGCGGCUAGCACUACGAGACCGCCGACGUUGUCCACUAUAGAUCUCGACCUGACAACGGAACCGCGUACCACCAGCACGCCGAGUCCUUGGCAAUGGGCGACGAGCGAUAACGAUCCGCCAGUAACGUUUACCCUACUGCCGACGACGCAUACCGCGGAAAACACGGCGACGCCGACUCCGAUCAUCACAACGCGAUCCAGUAUAACGACCACGAUUACCUCCUCAGUGACGUCGACCAAUGGCAUCUCCCGGGACCAUCUGGCAUCCACGUUGUUACCAUUCGUGGCGGGCAACGCAUUGAACGCCUCUGAGAGCGAAGUAAUCACGGCGCACGAGAUGUUUGGCAAGUUGAAUGAGACGAGCUCGAACACGCUGAUGCGAGUAAUGAAACAGGCAGACAACAACGCGACGGUAAGACAAUUAGUACUAUUGCUAAUAAAGCAUUGCAACGGGCCCAAAGAUAAGACGAUGGAGCAAGAGAAGGAGCAACUGUUGGAUGCUCUUCUGAGGAUGCCCGUCAAUGAGUUCAACUCAGAGGAAUCGCGAGAAAUUAUCGCCGGCAUCAACAGGCUUAACCUUUCUAAUCUUUCUAAACCACGAGCAACUGCUUCGUCGCGUUCCACGACGAUGAGGACUCCUCGAGCGUCGUCUGUGAGACCCACGCCGUUUACGCCAUCCAUCACUACGUUCCGCAGUAGGACAGGACGAAAAUUCCGAACGACCACCGAGAGUGCCAGCGUCAUUGCCAGAAGAUCGGACGACGCUGUCUCGGAAACAAAUAAUUCCUUGUCGGAGAACGAGGCCACCGCUUCUGACAGCCGGGCCCUCGAGCUCCUCAGGUCACUCUACACGAUAGCCGCUAAGUGGGGCUGAGAAGCCGCAUAAUCGACGACCGAUCGGAACUACGCGCGCGUCGGAAGACUCGCGGGAUGAAGACGUCUCGUUCGAGUAUCAGAAGACGUCCAUCUGUCGAUACGUCGGAGUAGAUCGUUGCUGUCACACUCAUCACCGUGUCGCCCAUCACUCCGCUUUUGCUUAAAUUCGAGGGUUCAAGCUCCGAACGGUGAAUCGGUUUUGAUCUCGGCCCAUGAAUCGAUGUCCACGAACAAACAGGAAUCUGCUGUACGACCGUUUCCUUGGGAGAGACAUGGUGCAUUGUACCUCUUGUCGAAUAUCGUAUAUUUUGUCAGAAGUCAGAAUAACAUUUUGGAGAAUAAUAUUUAGUUAUUAUUGAUUCAAGAAUCCUUGCAUUAUUAAACUUUACUGCAAUGCUAUUACUGCUGUACUUACACGCAGUAGUCGAAAAGUUAGUCAAGAAUCGGUAUCUUCGAACUCGACUCGAUAACUUGACUGCUGAGAAGUUCGAUUUAACUUAGGGCCGAGAUUGACACCUGCGCUCGCGGAUAUUAAGCAUGUCGCGAAUAAUCGAUUUCUCGGAAAUGUAAAUCCGAGCCGUGACUGCUUGAUACCCGCGACCGUGCGUAACUCGUGUCGGUUAAUAUGCGGAGUCCCGAUCGAUCAUCGAUCGACAAGAUCGCGAUAUAGUAAUUAACCGGCUGUAGUCCGACGUUAAGAUUAUGUAUUGCUCGCCGUCCUUUUUAUUAAGAAUAAAACAUCGAUCGCCUCGAAACAUCGGCAACUAUUACUUGAAGAAAAAAAAAAACGCCUGCCAUACUUCGUCCCUCCCGUUCAACGACUUUGCGUGAACGUCUACACUCAACUUUACUCUCUCUUUCUCUCUCUCUCUCUCUCUAUAAUCAAAGAAGUUUGCACAUAUUAAGCAAGGUAAUUUUGUACGUUUUACUUAUGUUUAUCAUGCAAUGAUAUAACAACAAAGUUUCUCUAAAUGUUUCUUCCUUAUAUAAUUUUAUAGGUAAUAUCCUUAACUGGCUGUCGUGUAGUUACAUUGCAUAACCAUCGAAGUAUUGUCCACAUGUCCGUAGUAUCUGUGUUUAGAAAAAGAAUUGGCUUUAUUGGAAAACAAUUUUGAUUCGAAGGACUUUAAUCUACUAAAUGUAUAGACGUAUAUGACUACGUGAAAUAAGAAGCACAUUUUCAUUGCAGAUGUAGAAGAUAUGAGAAAUCUUCUUUAUUACAUUUUUUUUUUCAAUUUCUAGUAUAUGUAUUCGUACAUAUGUGUAAAACAGUGAUUGUCCUGCAUGUCAACGUAAAAAGGGGGUAAACAUUUUGAAACGUUUCGCGUUCGCGCCUCUUGUAAUAUUGUCAGGUACAUCGUCAAAUUGCAACUCGUUUUCUUGUUGAAUUGCACGCGAAAUUGGCGGAAUGUGAUGGCACGUGGUGAAUUGCACCAUGUACGCUUAUGUUUAUCCGUACCGGUCGGACUCCUAUAUACGUGACAUAAUUUCAACUCUUUCCUCGCGUAUCCUCCCUCAACGAGGCCACUUUUUGUCCUCUUUUGAAAUUCUCAAGCGAUAUUAAUUUCUGCCGGCAGCAGCAUUUUGAAUUGAUAUUCGACGGAAUUUCCAUCCAGGCUGAAACUGAUCGUCGAACUAUUCAGUAUUACAAAAAAGACUCCCUAGAAGAGAUCCGCCCAGUUUUCCCCGGCGGAUCACGUGAAAUUAUUUAUUCGCCUUCGCUGUGUUGCGAUUCCUACGUACCUACGGUUAACAGUAAGUUACUUAUAUCUUGAAAUUACGGUGUUGGUAACGUUCUCUUUCGUUUGGGCAGUUUCGAGGUCGGCGAUGCGCUUCCGUUUACGAUCCCGAAACGUCCAAAUGGGGUUUCUAGGUCAUUAUUUAAGUACGCGACUUAGCGUGUAGUUGUGUAUCGACUUUAUGUAAUAUAUCUUUGUACAGUAUGUGAAUAAAUAUAUACAGGGCUUUGUUUA